UCUCUCUCUCUCUCUCUCUCUCAUAUAUAUAUAUAACGAUCUGAGAAAUUAAUCAGGGGGGCGAUACAGGUCCGAUCGUGUACUGCCUUCUUCCUUCUGUUUCUUUUCCUCUUCUUUUCGCCGGCUACGAUCGGCGGGUGGAAGGAAGGGGGAAAGAAGAAGGAAGAAGGAAGAAGGAAGGGGAGGAGGGAAUGGAGGUGGAGAAAAUGAAGCCGGUGGUGCUGAUGGUGAUGGUGCAGGUGGUUCUGGCGGGGAUGAACGUGCUUUACAAGCUGUCGGUGGCGGAGGGGAUCAGCCUUCGGGUGCUCAUCGCCUACCGCUUCCUCUUCGGCGCUGCCCUCUUAUGCCCUUUCGCCUUCUUCGUGGAGAGGAAGAACAGGACGAAGUUGACAUGGAUGGUGGUAGGGCAGGCUUUCUGCUGCGGCUUUUUCGGGUCAACAUUAGCACAAAAUUUCUACAUUUCGGCGAUGCGGAUGACUUCAGCAACAUUUGUAAGUGCAAUGGCCAACCUGCUUCCUGCCAUCACUUUCAUCCUCGCCAUACUUUUUCGACUAGAAAGGCUGGCAAUAAUGACGGCAGCAGGGCAAGCCAAGGUGGUAGGAACGCUCAUAUGUAUCGCCGGGGCCAUGCUGCUCACGUUCUAUAAGGGCCCAAGUUUCAACUUCUGGACCAUCCAUGCCCACCUGCUGCACCAGCACGCCGGCGGACUCCAGCCCAGUAACCCAUCCAUGGGCUCGCUUCUAGCCACGGCCAGCAAUUUCUGUUAUGCAAUGUGGUUGAUAAUCCAGGCCAAGAUGACAGAGAAGUACCCACAUCCAUAUUCCAACACAGCACUUAUCUGCCUAAUGGCUGCCAUCCAAUCCACUUGCAUUGCUGCGGUUACUGAUCGCGACCCCGCUGCCUGGAAGCUUGUCUGGGAUGUUAAGUUUCUCACAGUCGCUUACGCGGGGAUAUUGGUUACAGCGUUGAUGAUGCCACCCAUUUCAUGGUGCCUACAGAAGAGAGGUCCACUCUUUGUUUCAGUAUUCAAUCCUCUGAUGCUUAUUAUAGUGGCACUUCUGGGCUCCCUCCUCCUCGAUGAGAUUCUCCAUCUCGGAAGCAUUCUUGGUGCUGCUCUGAUCAUCGUUGGACUGUACUCUGUGUUGUGGGGCAAGGGGAAGGAGAUGCAGAAGCUUGUGAAGCUGCCCAGCCGAAGACCAUCAGCCCCAGACAGUGCUGCCGUGUGCCCAGAAUCUCAGGCUUCAGAUCGUGACGAGAAAUCAGAAGGCAGCAGGAAAGAAAGCAACCCUCCUGGCUUAAUCCUCGCCGCGUGAUCAAGAUUUUUUCUCAGGAAAAAUUUUCUCAAGUAGACUGUAACUCUUGACAUUGGGCAUUGGGGAAGAGUCGCUAUUUCUGUCGAGAGAAAAGAGAGACAUGGAACUGCAAUAUCUUUGAUCACAGUGAAUUAAAACCUCCAACAAACAAAAAGAAAAAGGAAAAGAAAACAUGUUCAGACAUGCAUGCGAUGUUCAAGCAAUGAUGCAUGAAACGACGUCGAGUUGCCAACAUCUGCGCAUGUAGAGUACAUGGACUAACAGGAAUCAAAAAGAAGG